ACCAGCCUUCUUUAUAGCCAAUGAGGUGGCUCUCUGCUCUUCCCGAAAACAUGUCGCCCCUGAGAUUGUGUGUCCCAGGUGAGAAACUGUGCAGUGUAGAAGACUGUAAUCAAGGCACCGGAGUGUAUCAGCGACAUGGCUACAUCUACUCCUCCCUCGCUGGCUACGUAAUGAGGAAGAACGAGGGAGAGGAGCUGCCGGUGAUCUCAGUGGUGAGGGAAACUGAAGCACUGCUGCUGCCAGAYGUUGGAGCCAUCGUCACCUGCAAGGUGACUGGCAUCAACUCGAGGUUUGCGAAGGUCCAWAUCCUCUAUGUGGGRUCCACACCGCUGAAAGACCGCUUCAGAGGGACCAUCAGAAAGGAAGACGUGAGAGAGUCGGAGAAAGACAAGGUGGACAUAUACAAAAGCUUCAGACCUGGUGACAUUGUCCUGGCAAAAGUCAUUUCGCUYGGGGACGUUCAGUCUACCUACCUGUUGACGACAGCUGAGAACGAGCUGGGCGUGGUGGUGGCUCACAGCGAAGCAGGUGCCCAGAUGAUUCCCAUCAGCUGGCGUGAGAUGCAGUGCCCGCAGACCAACGCCAAGGAGUUUCGUAAAGUGGCCCGAGUUCAGCCCGAGUAUCUGGAAGCCUGAGAGACCCUGAAAGUCUGUCACAGCACCAACAAGCGACUCCUUUCGUCAAGCGGCCUCCCAACUCUUUUUCUCUGGGUGACAUGUGGUUCCUGGGCUACUUCUCAUAUCGGCUCAUUAAGUGUCUUGUUAACGGCUUUACUUCUGCAYGUUUUUCAUUGUGCUGGAUUAAACCCAGAGAGCUCAAAGUUGAUCUUUAUCAAARGUCCACAGGCCAGCGACGGGCAUAUUCAAAGCCAUCCUGAAUUACUUUAUAGAAUCGCAUCAGGUCAGGGUUUUACARUGGCGGUUGCCAAGAUUUUACAGAAUCAAAAAAAAGUACAAUUUUUGCGCCAAGAGAGGAGAAGUUUUUGUUCCAAAUGCAGGAUUCAGGGUUGUAUCGWUGCGUAUUAUGGCAGCAUCAGCCAGAACUGUCUUUGCCACCGUUUGGUUGGAAGAUGAAACUGUUACUGGUAAAAUCCAAAUUUCAGAGCCACUUCUGCAGAGGUCAGGUCUAAACUCUUAUUGUAAUUAAAUGAAUUAUCAGCCCCGUCUAUUUUAACCYGGGRUGGAUUUAUAUUUUGGAUUUCCGGCCCUUGUGAGUUUGGCACAUUUUAUUUAAACUGCCAUACAAAAAAAUUUAUAAUAAUCUAAAGCUAGUCAUUGCUGGACAUCUAGCAAAGUUUUCUGCCAAAUAAGUUUUUCCAAACCAACAACGUACCGAGGAUUUUUAAAGUAAUCUCACCRCUUUGAACAGUUUCAAAUCUUCACUUACCACAAUAUGUAAAGCAUUUAAUUAGGGAUUUAUGAGAUGGAUCGACACAAAAGUAGUGCAGUAAAGAGAAAUGGAAAGAAAAUGAUGCAUGGACUUCAAUACAUGCUUACAAAUAAAACAUCUGAAAUGUGUGGCGUACAUUUGGAUGCAACACCUUUCACUUUGAUACGACCUCCACCUAAAAAUACAGAGCAACAAGUCGCCUUCAAACGUCCCGAUAGGUAAAUGGAGGUCGUCUGUGUGAGAUUUAAUGUCGGUGUGAAUCCAAAGGAAGGCAGAUUCAAAAGCGCGCCGCACCUUUCAGAUGUUUUAUUUGAAAACGUUUUGAAACCCAUGCAUCAUUUUUAUUUCACUUUAAGAUUAAGCACURCUUUGUGUUGGUUUAUCAUAUUAAAUGCCAAUAAAAAUCCACUGAAGCUUGUGGUUGCAAUGUGAGAUGAUGUGAAAGCUCGCUGUACCYGAAACCAUUUUUGMAUUAUUUUCUUUAAAUCAGCGGGUCUCAAACCGCAUUCCUCAAGGGCCGGUGUCCUGMAACUUUUACACGUUCCUUGUCCUCCACGCUUGAAUUAAAUGACUCAGUCGCCUCGCUAACAUGCAGUGAAGCUCUACAGAUUAACUGAUGAGCUAAUACUGGAGUCAGGCGUGCUGAAAAAGAGAGACGUGUACAAGUCGCAGGACACCGGCCAUUGAGGACCGCAGUUUGAGACCGCUGCUUCAUGGGGAAAGUUCAGGCUUUAUUUGGGGUCAAAUGGAGUAAUUCUCUAAGAACGGUUCCAUUAAAAAUGAAAUUUCUGCCAUCUGAAAUAAGACGGGCUUCAAAUAUGAGUGCUGUGUUCUGAAUUUCUACGCUGUAUCGUUUGGUCGAUUGUAACAUUGUAACACAGAACGUGUCGACAUGGACUGUGGUUCAUGUUCCAACCAUACACUAAUGGUUUCAACACGGACAGUUAUAAAAAAACAAAGGGUAAAUUUAAAGGGCGCCUCUUUAACCUCGAUGAGGUUCUGCCGAGCGCCUUGUCUUUUGCUCUCAUUUUAUACUGCUUUUAUAUGCGUAUAUGUGAGAUGUAUACAAGCGUAUCAAAGGGGAAUCAGGUGGUCAGUCCUGCUCAGGGACGCUUCGGCACUCUGUUCCCCCACCUUCUAAUUGGAAGAAGAUUACCCUGCUGUGGGUAAAUGGAUGCAAURUGUUGAAGAAACUYGCUCACUUGAAGCUUGAGAAGACUUGCAGGGUGGAAAGUUUCUCCUGAAUGGGCCUUUUCUGAGUAUUUAGACACGUCUUUYCUGACUGCUGUCUAUUGUUCCAAUACUCCAUUAAACCCCAUCAAAAAAAUACUGGAACCCCUCAUGAUUAAUUAAUUUACAAAAUUAAAUGAAAACAAAUUAGUCUUAAAACCUUGAAGUGGUUGGAACUUGGAUUUUUAUAACACAGGUAGGCUUUUUGUAUAAGACAUGAAUUGACAGUAAGCAUCUUUCCUGCAGAUUAUUGUUCUGUGGCUGAUCUAUCCAUAGGAAUUUACAGAAAGAUGAUCCAUGUUCUAUGGCCUGUAUUUUUUUGUAUCUUUGCAAGACUUUCUGUAUUUUUAAAGUGCAACUGGAAAGCUCAAAGCAAYGUGACUUUAACAAGRCUGCUWUGCUUGGAACACAAUGAAACGAGUACGAUUUCAGCUGAAUGUCUGUGAGCCAUCAGUAACAAACUUGAUUUUCUGCUUUUAUUAAAGUGAACUUUUUAUUUUA